AUGAACGGUCUGCUGAUUGACUCUGAUGACGAAUACAUGGAAGUCUGCACAGAUGACGUUAGUGAUGCGGUGGUUCCUUGGGUCAAGCAGUUCCAGACUAUGGGGCGGAAUUGCCAAAAGACAGCUCUGAAAACUCUCGUGGAAACGCUUGGUUUUCAACAUAUCCGUCAGCUCAGACGUAUUAUCGAACCGCAGCUUCAAAAAGAUUUUUUAGCGGUGCUCCCCCGUGAGAUAGCCUUAUUGAUACUGUCCAAUCUUACUCCGGAAGAUAUUUGUAGAGCUUCCUUAGUAUCCACAACAUGGUACUCUUUAUGCAAUGAUGAUUGGCUAUGGCGCAUGAAAUGCGACGAGAACGGGCUAUUUCGAAGCCUUGUGAACACAACACCCAGUGUUCGAGUCGAGGGGGGGUGGGCUUCCACUGCCUUUGGGAAAGUAACUCUAGAAAUGGAGCAUUUAUCGGGCUCUGCUUUGGAAGAUCGUCGUAAAGAGAGGGAACGGCCGUUUGGACCUAUCUACAGCCUCUCAAAGUAUAAAUCGCUAUUCUUGCGGCAAUGUAGAAUCAAUGCAAAUUGGAGAAAAAACCCAAUUGGUGGAAGUUGUUUGCUUAGAGGUCACGAGGAGCAUGUUAUUACAUGUCUUCAGAUAAAUGGAGAUAGGAUAGUUUCUGGUUCAGACGACAAUUCGCUGAAGGUCUGGAGUAUAUCUAAAGGAAAAUUGUUAUUCACUUUGGUUGGACACACGGGAGGCGUUUGGACGUCACAAAUUUCCAAGGAUGGACGGUAUAUAAUGAGUGGUUCAACGGAUCGAACUGUCAAAGUUUGGAGUGGAAUUGAUGGCUCUCUUCUUUAUACUCUCAAUGGUCAUACGAGUACAGUUCGUUGUAUGAGUUUACAUGGAACUAUCCUUGUCUCUGGCUCACGUGAUGCAACUCUUCGUGUUUGGUGUGUAGUUACGGGUACUUGCUUGCAACAUUUAACGGGUCAUCAAGCUGCAGUGCGUUGUGUUCAGUUUGACGGGCGGCGGGCUAUUUCUGGUGCUUAUGAUUUCAAUGUGAAGGUGUGGGAUAUUAUUACUGGAAAAUGCAUUCAUACUCUACAAGGUCAUACCAAUCGUGUUUAUUCACUUCUAUUUGAUAGCGAAAGAGAAUUAGUUGUCUCUGGCAGUCUCGACACAACUAUUCGUGUCUGGGAUAUUAGUAGAGGCGCUUGUUUGAGUGUUCUAAAUGGGCAUACAAGUUUAACCUCAGGAAUGCAAUUGCGGGGAGACAUUUUGGUGUCAUGUAAUGCCGAUACUUCUGUUCGGGUUUGGGAUAUUUCUAAAGGUGCUUGUGUCCAUCGGUUGGAUGGCGUUAACGGUCACACAUCAGCUAUAACUUCACUACAGUUUUUGGAUGAUAGAUUAGUUGCUACAAGUAGUGAUGAUGGCUGUGUGAAGUUAUGGGAUAUAGAGAAAGGAGUUUUUAUACGUAAUAUAAUUUGCUUAAAAACGAGGAACAACGGGGGUUGUGUUUGGAGAUUAAGAGCGGCCGAGAACAUGCUGGCAUGUGCAAUAGGGUCCAGAAAUGGUACAGAAGAUACAAAGCUCAUCUUAUUCGAUUUCGAUGCAUCAUUCGCAUAA